UCGGCAGAUGGAGGACUUGAUCGCGGAGGCGCUCCGCGCCGAGGGCGACGAAGGCGACAUGGUCCGGCUGCUCAUCGACAUCGCGGCCCAAGCCGAAGAUGACGUCGGCCUCCGGACGCAGGCCAUCAAGGUCAGCGGGCAGCUCGUCCGCCGCCGGUGCGACGCGCUGCGCCCGAUCGACCACGCGUCGAUGAGCAAAGGGCCGAUCCAAGAUCCUCCGGCGGUCGCCGGGCCGUAUGCGCUCGUGGCAACCUACCUCUCACUCAUGAAGAAGCUGGUGGGCGAGCCGGGCGACCAGACCGCCCAGCUCUCAGAGGUCGUGCGGACGCUCCACGACCUCCUCAUCGCCCACACCAACCCAUAUGACGUGUACGGCCUCUGGGACACGCUCGAAGGCAAUCACGGCGACGCUCUCACCGGAUUGCUUCUGUCGCUGCUCCAAGGCGUGCUCUCGACCGAGUUGGACUCGGCCGCAUCCAUUCGCCGGCAUGUCUUUGUCCUCCACGGUCCCCACGCCGGGAUCGUGGCGCCGGCCAUGGCCUUGAGCGCAACCAAGAAGGGCUACACGUUUGCAACUGGGAUUCUCAUCGAGCCCGGAACGCCCGUCAUGUCGCUGCUGAGCCUCCGCGGGUCCAACGGUCAUGGGGUCACGGCCCUUCUCGACGGUGACUCGCUCUUGCUCGCGACGCACACGUCGAGCGGGACGUUUACCAAGCUGGUCGUACCGCUACCAAGCCGCCGGCACAUGGAGCAGCACUGGACACACUUUUGCAUCGUCCACGCCAAGAAGAUGGUGUUCAAGGACAAGGUUUCUGUCUACGUCGACGGCUCCCUUGCGUUUAGCGGGAGCUUGCCGUACCCCGACACGGCGCAGCUCCUCGACGGCCACAACUGCAUUGGCACGAUGCCGCACUUUCCGUCCUUUCAAGGUCGCCUGUGGCUGCCGACGUUCUUUGCCAACGCGCUCAGCGACGCUGAAGUUAGCCAGCUCCACUGGCGCGACGGCGCGCCGCUGCUCCGCGCAUGGCUCUACGAGAACGUGGGCCUGCCCGAGAAGACGCGCUUUGUCUACGCGUACGACGCUCGGGCUUGCGCGAUCGUUGCGCGCGCGUGCUUUGACGUGAGCCGCAGUGGCGGCGACGGCUGGCUCGAGCCCGGGACGGUGCCCGUGCUCACGUGUCCUUUGCCGUCGGCCAUGGUGACUCUCGGCGGGAUCACGUCGAUGCUCUACAGCUUGGUCCGGGAUCCAUCAACGAUCACGGAUGCGUCGGCGAUGGCGUGCCUCCACACGCUCAUUGCUGGGCUACGCGUGAGCCCUCGCUGCCGCGGCCACUUUGUCCGCAGCCACGGCUCCAAGCUUGUUGCGUCGAUGCUGCAGGCGCUCCCGUCGCUCUCAUUGCCAAUGCUUCGGGCGAUCAAGGAGCUCAUUGCUGUGCUGUCGACCGCCGUGCUGCCGCCACGGCUGCGCUCGAUUGUGCUCGUUUUGCUCGUUAUGAACGCAGCGUGGUACCGAGCGCCGUUGGAAACGCAGCUCGCUUUGUUCUCCGAGACGUUGCCGGCGUACCGUGACCUCCUCGAGACGGCGCAGAGCGGCGACUACACGGUCGUCGACGUGGGCUACUGGUGUGGCGUCCUUCGGCGGUGGUAUGCCGCGCGUCUCACGCCAAACGAGGCAAGUCUGUGCUGCAAGCUCGUGCUGGAAUGCCUCGUGGAGCCAAGCCUCUUUCCGAAAACGCCGGUCGGCACCGAUCCAUUCUUGCAGCUGGUUGUCUACUUGGACGACCGGCUCGCGCAUCUCACAGCCGCCGACGCGGACGUGGUCGAGAUCCUUGGUUUCUUGGCGCGUGGACUUGGCGACGGCAUCACCCGACCGUCGGGACCGUCGUCGCCACCACCGAUGAACCGGGUGCUCCGGCAGCUGCUCAAAUGGACACCGCCGUGCAUCUGGUACAAGUGGCUUCGAACCCCGAUCCCCGCCAUUCGUCUCUUGCUGUUGCAAACCUUUGAGACGAUGAUGCUCACGCUCCCGCUUCGGUAUGCAGACGCCGUGCUCUUGUCGGCAAGCUUGCAAGACCAGCCGCUGUCGUUACCAGAGGUCGAGGUGCUCGUAGACCUCUGUCUCGGGCGUCUCGAUGCCAACCACAGUCGGUCAAUGCCGACACCGCGUUUUGCGUGCGUCCCGGUCGUCUUGCUCAAGCUCCUCCCGACGUCGCCGCCGUGUGUGCAGCUCUACGUGUUGUAUGCUGUCGCAAAAGCGCUGCAUGGGGCCGAUAUGCUACUGGAGACGAUUCGAUCAUAUCCCGAGUGGCUCGCCGUGCUAGCUGCCAUGGACGUUGACGCACUGCCGUCACCACGAACGUCAUCGCGCAUGGACCCGGACAUGCUCAACGACUAUUGCAUGGUGUUGGUCGAUGACGCGGCGUCCGUCUCGGCGCGGAUCGACAUGGUGCGCGCGAUUGCCUCGUCCAAGGACACUGCCGGCGCCGACCAUUUGCUCACGGUCUUGGCCUCGCCACGGACCCCGAUGCCUGUGCAAGACGCGAUCGUCGGCGCCAUACUGGCCGAGCUGCCGUCGCACGUGGCCGCCGUGGCGACGCGCUUCCGCCUUUGCAUCAUUCAAAACGUACUGCUCUACGCUGUGCGCCAUGUCCGCCACGGCUGGAUGCACAUGCUCGAGGCGCUCUUCUAUAUCCCGCGGCCCUUGCACCAGCUGCAAGUGCUGGUAGCGGUCGUCCAAGACACGGUUGUCAUGCCGUACAAUGCGUGGGAGAACCUCAGCCAAGUGGCGUCGAUGGCGACCGUGUGGGCCCGCCGCCUCCUACUGCCCGACGGCCAGCUCCAACCGCUUGCGAAAGCAACGAUGCAGCUCUGGGCGCUUGUCGCGCCACAUUUGAACCAAGUGCCAUGGCGGGACGCAGCCGCGCUCCUGCAUCUCGAGACGCCGGAAACGCCUGGGGAGUCGAUCGUGCACCGCCUCUUUGCGCCGCUCCCGAUUGCGCAAGCCUUGGCGAUUGAAGCCGUGUUUGCAUUUGCUACGCGGGCGGUUGACGGCGUUGAUGUCGCGACCUUGCAGCGAACGACCGACGUCAUCCUGCACCCGCCGCUGCCCGACGACGACGACAAGACGGCGCCCGAGAGCCUUCGCCGCGCGCGGUCAUUGAGCAUCGACAUGGCGUGGAGCGCUCGCUUGCAGUGGCGUCUUCUCCGUGGACUUGUCGAGUGGCUUCUGAAGGCGCCGUCGCCGCCGCUGUUGCAGUGGCUGCACACGCUGGCGCGCGACCCAGGGUACAUUGCAACAACGCCGCUCCUCGAACGCCUUCAGUCGGUCGAGUUGCCGAUGCCGAGUGAUCUCGCACCGGCCAUGACGACGCUCGAUACAUCAAGUGACUUGAACCAGCACAUGGCUGAGUUUAGCGCACUCUGGGACACCCACGUGGCGUCAUCGUCGGUGUUCAACGCGGUGCUGCUCGUGCAAGACGCCGACGUCCGCGUGAGCUUGCAGCAAGGCCACCUCGAUGACGUGGCGGCAGUUUACGAGACGCUGUGGAAUGACGAUGAUGCAGUUCUCCUGUACCCCAUCGCCGAUGUCCUCGACCGCCUUGGCGCCGAUGUGACGGCGACGACGCAGGCAUUUCUACACUCGAGUUUGGUGCUGCGCCUCCUGCUCCAACGCAAGCCGCUGCCAGCACCCAGCACGAAUCGGCGCAAGUUGCGGCGCGCUGAGAAUGGACUGCGAAUGCGUUUGUGCCUCAAGCCAAUGACGUCGACGUCGUCGACGCCGGAAGCACACCUGCAGGCCAAUGGCGAGCCAACGGCAUUGGACGCGAGUUGGCGGAGCGACGGCGCGUCGUUUGAGGAACUCACUGACAUGCUCGCCGACGCCAACGUCCGCGCCGUGCUUCGAACGGCCACGUCGAGUACGAUUGAAGACAAUGACGACGCCGACGACGUGAGCGGGUACGAAGGUCCGUCGUGGGAGUCGCCGCCGCAAAGCGCCGAGCCCGCGCGUUCGACUACGACACCGCGGAGUGCGUUUGGCGCUCGCGUGGAAAAGGUGCAUGACCAACUCGCCGAGUCGGUCGAGCUUCUCCAGGAUCAACUGCAAGAAAAGGUCCAGGGGGCGAAAGCAGCACUCGACAUGCAGGUCGACCAUUUGCGGCUCGUCAAGGACACGCUGUCGGAAGAAGCGCGGUCCGUCUUGGCCACCGUGGUACCCAAGAGCAGUAGUCGCCAGAGCAAGACUUUGCACCGUCGCCGGUCGUCGCUUGAUGCGAGCAUGAAGCUUUUCAAGGCGCACGACUUUGUGUGCAAGGCGCAGUGGAUUUGUGAUGCCCACAUUGUCGCUGGCGACCUCCGCGUGACGGACCGGGAGCUCUUGUUUGUCGCGAGCGCUGUCGUGGACGAGCAUGGCGCCGAGGUCGGAGCCGAGAGCAGUCGUCUCGGGCGCAAGGUGCACCGCCUCUUACUCGACGACAUCAAGCACGUGUAUGGCCGGCGUUAUCUGCUCCAGGUCACGGCGCUUGAAGUGUUUGUGCUCUCGAGCCGGAAGAACUAUCUGUUUCACAUUUGCCACCCGACUUCGGUGCACGACGUGCACCGCGCGAUGAUGACCAAGCGGCCCGCGCAGCUCUUCCGCGACCCCGAGUGGCGUCGCCUCCGCCAUCCGUCGCACAUGUUCAUGACGUCGGCGCAGACGAGUGCGUGGGUCAACCACGAGAUUUCCACGUUUGAGUACCUCAUGUGGCUCAACACGCUUGCGGGGCGGACGUACAAUGACGUGACGCAGUACCCCGUGUUUCCGUGGGUCCUCGCCGACUAUACAUCGACCAAGCUCGACUUGAGCCGGCGCGAGACCUUCCGCGACCUCUCGAAGCCCCUCGGCGCGCUCAACCCGAGCCGCCUCAGCUUUUACCUCGAGCGCUACAACGCGUUUGACGACCCGGACAUUCCCAAGUUCAUGUACGGGUCGCACUACUCGCACGUCGGCGCCGUGCUCUACUAUCUCUUGCGUCUCGAACCGUUUACGACGCUGGCCAAGCGUGUCCAAGGCGGGCGCCUCGACCACGCCGACCGCCUCUUCCACUCGAUUGCCGAGACGUGGGCCAACUGCCUCAGUGACACGUCGGACCUCAAGGAGCUUACACCCGAGUGGUUUUACCAGCCGGGGUUUCUGCUCAAUGAGAAUGGCGUCGACCUCGGCAUGUGCCAGAACGGGACAGUGCUCGGCGACGUCGUCUUGCCGCCGUACGCGGCGUCGGCGGACGACUUCAUCUUUCAGCAUAUGCUCGCACUGGAAAGCGAGUUUGUCUCGGCGCAUCUCCACGAGUGGAUCGACUUGGUGUUUGGGGCCAAGCAGCGCGGGCCGUCGGCGGUCAUGGCGCACAAUGUGUUCUUCUACUUGACGUACGAAGGCAGCGUCGACAUUGACUCGAUCGACGACCCGGUUUUGCAAGCGUCGAUGCGCGCGCAAAUUGCGCAUUUUGGCCAAACGCCAACGCAGCUGCUCAAGGAGCCGCACCCGCGCCGCAACGUUGUCCCGGAAGCGUCCAUCGCGGUCGUGUCGCCCGUGCUCUUGCCGCACGCCGCGCCGAUUACAGUGCUCGAAGUGCUCCAGUCGACGCUGUUUUGUCUGGACGCAGCCGGCUUUGCGUCCGUCCAGCAGCUUCGAUCGCCGUAUCAAGUGCCAGUACCCCCGACGUCGGCGUCACCCGCCCGCACCUUGUCGCCACUGGCCCUCGGCCGCACCAACAGCUCGAGCAGUGACGCCAGUGUCAUUGAAGUCCUCGAGCGCAAGCCGCGACGUCUUCUCGCGGCCGAUGCGUGGCUGUCGCCUGUCUGGACGGCGCUAUUGGAGGCAGGCAACUAUGUCGUCUCGGGCGGCCACCUCGAUGGAUCGGUGCGCGUGUACGCGGCCAAUGACGGCAGCUUCCACAGUGCGAUCCUGCACCACGCCGAGCGCGUCACGUGCAUUGCGCGGACGCCGCGUCGAUACCUUGUGUGCGGCAGCGCCGACGGCACGCUGAGCGUCUGGACGCUGGCGUCAACGAGUGCGUCGCCCUCGGUGCUGCUCGACUUUUCACUGGGCCUGUUCCGGGCGACGGCCAAGCGCGCGGUCAUCGAGCCCGACUGGAGUCCCGCGGCCGUCUUGUUGGGCCAUAAGACACCGAUCGUGGCCGUCGUCGCCUGUGAAGAUUUGGACGUGGUCGUGAGCGUCAGCGACCUUUGCGUUGUGCACCGACUGAGCACCGGCAGUGUCGUCCGGCAACUGCCACUGCCAGCCGCCAUGACCCGCGUGCGCACCGUCGGCAUCUCACGCCUCGGGAUCGUUGUCGUGGCCGGCAGCAGCGACGACGACGCACACCACUGCUUGGUUACGUUUGGCGCGGAUGGGACGGUGCUCGCGCAAGGGAUGACGCAUGCCACUACGCGACUGGUCCUGCUCGAGCGCACGGGACAUGUCAUUGUGAGUGGCCCCCUCGGCGCGUCCGUCUUGGCCGUGCACACGCUGGCUCUAGUGCAAGCGCUCACGACGGUCGGCGUUGCUAGCGUCGCGGUCUCGGUCGAUGAAAAGUACGUGGUGCUGGGCCUCGAUGUCAUGCCGGUGCAGCUCCUCACGGCCAACCUCGUGCUCGCUUAACGACGCAUUCACAACGAUACCACCAAGAAGAAAACUGCAAUUACUGUCGUUGCAUAAUCCUCGUACUAUUGUCUAAAAACCAAGAAACAAACACUUGGAAUACAUGCAUUCUUGGAUAGUCUUUUCUCUA